UUUAUACAGAAGGUACAAUCAUUGUUAUUGCACCAACACUUGAUUUUGUUCAUUUCAGUAACGUACACGAAUCCAACAAUUUGUCAAAUCACAACAGAUAUCCAUUGAAAAUGACUAACAAUAAGCUACAAGUUUUGUAUUUUUAUGCGGUUACUAUUUGCAUUGUUACAAACAAUAUAAAAUGCGCAUCGCAAGAUGAAUACCGUGAUCAGAUUUGUAAGACCAACUACAUACUUAGAGAUUUAAAUGACGAUCAAAAAGAACAACUGGUCAACCAACUCAUUCAAGGAUACACAGAUGCGCGAAUUCAGGUUUUGAUUUUUCCGCCAGUCACUGCGUUUUUCUCAAACAGAGUCAAGGCGAGAGCUUUUGAAUCAAUAAUAACCCGAGAAUGGAAUAUACAAGAAUUAUUAUCAGUUAUCAUAGGACGAGAGCCAACAAUUGAUUCAAUUAACCCAAUCGACUAUGACACGGCAGUAAACAGCAGAUAUGUUGUUUUACAUACUAUUUUCAACUAUGUUCUACAUCAAAGAAUGAAUCGCAUCCAAAUGUGCAACAAUGGCGAAAUCACAAAAUGCAGAUUGCUCGGGAUAAUAACGCGUGCAUUAAAUCCUGGGUUUAGAUAUACACAAGGAUGUAAUGAAGUAUUAAAUUGCGUUAUAGGAUUGGAAGCAAAAGGCGAUAGACCUGUACAAAUGAUCGAGUAUGUAGAUUUGAUACUUCCGGAAGGGUUUUUUAAAACAGAACUUGAUAUGAACUAA